UGACUACUUUGUAAACAAGUCUUCAUGUCUUCAAGUCUUCAUGUCUUCGCAAAUGUGUGCAAAUUGAUUGUCAUUUCAUUGUAUUUAUAAUUAACUGUUGAUUUGAUUGCGAAGUCAAGACAACACGAGUGGACACAAUGUCACAACCGGCGCGAACUCACGAGGAAAUCGAGUCACAGAUCCGCGACAUUCAGGCUAAGAAAGCCAGCCUUAACACCGAAAAUGGCAACGAUUUGGACGGACGGGUGUCCAUGUCUUUGUCGAAGGCCGCCAUGGAUUCAGACAUUUAUGGCGACAAUCAUAACAAAUACGCCAAUUAUAACACAUCCAUUGCCACCAAUGAUGACAAUGACUACGAG